AUGGAUGAUCUCCUGAAAAAGAAGGGAGUAACUGUCGAAGAAUUACUGCAUCAUCAAGAUCUCCAAUAUGAAUAUCGAAUGAAAAAUCCUAAAUUACUACAAAUAAUUAUGAAACAAGAAAGUUUAUUAUAUAUUAUUAAUACAUUUCAGACAUCAAUGAAUAAAGUCGUAUUGAAACGCAUUCUUGGUCUCUGUGUUUCUCCAAAUCAGAUGAUUGUUCAAGAAAUUGGCCAAGAUUCAGAACUUACACACGCAUUUCUUGCUGUUUUACAAAAUCCACUUAAUUACCAUCGAUUUAUUCUCAGUUCUAUAUGCAAUAUUUACAUCAAAAUCAUAGAAUUAACAACAGAUAACGUUUUCAAAAUUUUCUCAGUUUCAAAAACAUUAUUCCCCACAAUAAUACAACAAUUACAUAUACCAGCAGUAUUCCAGCUAGCUGCUAAACUAUGUCUUUACUCUACUCGUUCUGAACCAAUGAUUUGGACAAUUUUAAAAGCUCUUUUAGGGAAUCAUGGGCUAGGAACAAAUCUACCGAAAAGAGUUACCAGCUUAGAUAUGCUCUCUGGUGGUCCAAUACCAAUAUACCAAGAGCAAAGAAUAAGAUUAAUCGAAUUAUUAAUUAUCUUCUUUACGCAAUCGAACGGAACCACACCAGUUGGUGUUGAUGAGCUUUAUAUAGCUACAAGCGAUUGCCUUCCUCUACUUUUAAUGGAUGCUUCCACUGAUUUAGAAAGAUCAUUAGUUUUUCGUAUUGGAUUAUUAUUGCAACCAUCAUCAGCGUUAGGCUAUAGUGCUGUAUCCGUGAUAAACAGCUUUGUUAGCACUGAUACACUCAUAGUUUCCGCUAUAGAAUACAUUAAUUCAUUUGAUGUGUUUGUUGGACCACGAUCCAUUGAAUUAUAUCUGUACAGACUUCUUCAUAGGACACAUAAGAACAACUUCCUUCUCCUUGCCAGUAUCAGAAUGAUCACAAAAUGUGUUUUGAUGCAAAGAAACAAUUCAGAGCUUCUAAAAAAUCUGAAAGGUCUUAUUUUGAGGUGUUACAAGACAGAGAAGCUUUCUUUACUUGUCAGAGCGUUCAAAGGUCCAUUGUUAUCUGCUGCAGAAGGUGUAGAAAUCGAUCCAAUCUCCAAAAAAUGUAGUGAUGACAUUUUGAAUGCUUUACAAAUGAACAAUGAAACAGAUCCAGACAUAGAAGACAGAGUAAAAGAGUACAGAGCCAAAGCAAGAGCUAUUGAUGAAGGGAGAUCAAGUAUCAUGCUGAUUUACAAUGCAAAAACACUGUGGAGAGAAGAUGCCAAGAAAAUGUCAGAAAAAUAUUUGUCAAUUGAAAAAAUUCAAUGGCAAAAGAUGCCUCAAGACAUUAUACCUCCUUCACCUGGCGCCAGAUCACAAAACGCUAUGAGUCAUCGUAAAUCAUAUGAUAGUUCCGAUGAAUUCUUCCUUGAAGAAAUUGAUGUCACAGAAACUUAUCCUUUCGAUAAAUUCGAGUUCAGAGAAGUCCAACAGGCUCAGAACUCCCCGCAAAAGCAGUUACCUCCUAUAACAGCACAGGAAGCAACUAAGGAACCAUUACCUUCAUCACCAAUCAAAAUAGAAGAACCAAUGAUUCCAAAAGCUUCAAAAGUCAGAACUCCAAGACAGAAAAAGUCUAUCUUCGCGGAACCUGUUGUAGAUGAUAUUACACUGGAUGUACCUCCAAGGCCACCUACUAUCAAGUUAAAUGAUGAAGAUGAUGAUUCUAUGAGUAAUGAAGAAUUAUUAGAAUUAAUUCAGAAACAAAUGAAGGGAAUUCAAAAGGCUAAGGAGGUAAUUGUAUUAAGUAUAGGAAAACCUGUUGAUUUUUCUUUUAAUUUAUGA